AUGGUCUACCAGCAAGACUUGGAUCUCCACAAGCCUUUAAAUAAGGAUCUCCCGCCCAACAUCAGGCGCACCCAGUUACUGCCUCGGUUGGCGCUUUCUGCCCUCACAUUACACGGGGACCUCUACCGACAGCUCCAAUCUAGGUGUAAUGCUUCGAUUUUUUGGCAUCCAGUGACUCAGUUGUUUAUGCAAACGGUGUUGGGAUUGACAUUGUUGUACCAAUACAGCGAGUUAUGGGAGAUUUCAGACACUUGGGGAGAGUUUGCAACGCUCGUGUGGAAUAACAAGUACUUGGUGACAUCGAUGUUUCCGUCGCUUAUCUUUGUUGCAGGCAUGGUGGGUCUUGUGAGCUUCUUGUUGACGGACGAGUUGAGAACUGUCAGUGAUAGAUUGGCUGGUGAUGCGUACCAGCUGAGACUCUUCAAGUUCCCAUUGAAAAUAUUUGCCAAUGCUAAUGGGAAAGAGUACGAGUUGAACACGACUGCUGAUUUCAUGAACAAUGCCUCUGAGUCAACAGAGCUCAUCGAAUACCGUGAGUCCCCCGUCGCGGUGGUAACAGUCAUCCCACUUCCAGAUGAGUCUUCGAGGGAUGUGUUCUAUGCUAAGAUAUCCGGUCUCCACGUCAGAAAGUCCUAUGCAAAGGCUGGCUUGCAGAACGACCUUCUCGACAUCGCUAUCGAAAAAGCAAAGAAACUUGCAUUGAGAUAUAUCAAGGACAAUAACAUCAAGAAGAAGAACAUAAAGACAGUGCUACUAUGUGACGCAUACACCUUUGACUCGAUAAACAAACCCAUUAUUGAACAAAAGGGCUUCGAGGAGAAGCUGAGAAGUACGCAAUUAGACCCUUUUGCAGUCGAUAAGAAACCAGAGAACUUUUUGUACUUAAUUCCUGACUCUCUCGUCAAGAAGUUUUUCGGCAUCUACAGAAAUACGUAUCAGCUUGUCAUCGAUGGUGACGAGGUCAGCAUCGCGACAGGCAGCGCUACCACCGACUCUAAGGCUAGAAUGAGAAGGACAUAG